UAUUAUUAUUGUGUACUAUUAACUGACAUGUAAUGGAACCAAAGGAUUAAAAUAGAGAAUUAUUAAUAUUCUGAAAUGUUAAUUAUUGUUAUUUAUUCUCCACACUGCCCGGAUGUGAUGCAGGAUAAAUUCAGAAAACACAUUUAAAUAUAUGUUUAGUCUGUAAGCAAUAUAAAAACAUAUGUUCUUGUGCACUACCCCUUUAAUAAUAUGCACAGUGAGAACGGACCCUGCCCUCCGGGCUGGGUCUGCAGCCCUCUGGAUCAUGGCACAACUCACUUCCACUGUGGAUCCACUGUUGACGUCUCUGCUGUUGCCAUCGCCGGGACUAUAAAUGCAACACAUCCUGCACCCUGCAAGACUUUUACUUGGAACCUCCAACCAGACACUUCACAGGAUGAUGCGUGCGGUGUGUGUGGAUGAACCCGGAGGACCGGAGACUCUGCUGCUGCGCUGCGUCCCCAGACCUCGACCUAAAGGUGGAGAAGUGCUCAUUAAAGUUCACGCUACUGCGCUCAACCGGGCCGACCUACUGCAGAGGCGAGGGCUGUACCCGCCCCCCCCAGGGGAGAGUGAUGUUCUCGGGCUGGAGGUGGCGGGGACUGUGGAUGCUGUGGGCCCGGGGGUGACGGGAGGCUGGAGGCCGGCUGACCGGGUCAUGGCUCUGCUCUCUGGAGGAGGAUACGCAGAAUAUGUUUCUGUGCCGGAGGAGCUCCUCAUGGCUGUUCCUAAUAAUCUGACUCUCUGCCAGGCGGCCGCCAUCCCGGAGGCCUGGCUCACCGCCUUCCAGCUGCUGGAGCUCGUCGCCCAGGUGAAGCAGGGGGAGGUGGUGUUAACUCACGCCGGGGCCAGCGGCGUGGGGACGGCGGCCAUUCAGCUGGUCCGCCUGUUCGGUGCGGUGCCCAUCGUCACCGCAGGGAGCGCCGAGAAGCUGCAGAUGGCCGAGAGUCUGGGAGCAGCGGCCGGGUUCAACUACAGAGAGGAGAGCUUCUCACGGGGCGUUCAGGCCUUCACAGGAGGCAAGGGAGCAGACGUCAUCCUUGACUGUGUUGGGGGGUGUAACUGGGAGCAGAACGUGAGCUCUUUAUCCACCGACGGCCGGUGGGUUCUGUAUGGCACGAUGGGAGGCAGGGGAGUCGAGGGGGACAUGCUGGGACGACUGCUCGCCAAGAGAGGCCGGCUGCUCUGCAGCCUCCUGCGCUCCCGCAGCCUGCAGUACAAAGCAGACCUGGUGAAGGCUUUCUCACACAGAGUGUUACCGAGCUUCUCAGAGCAGCCUGCCGCCCUGAGGCCGGUGAUCGACAGCACAUUCAACCUGGAGGACAUCGCAGAAGCUCACCGGCACAUGGAGGCCAACAAGAACAUGGGGAAGAUUAUCAUUAAUGUGAUUCCACUGAAUCAAGAAACUCAGUGAACGUCUGCAGAAAUAUUAAGACAAAAACAUUGUUUUUAUUUAUCUUUCAUAACUUCUGUCAGACUAGUGGACAGAAAACUAACUUUGUGUGUUUGUGUAGAUUUAAACUCUCCAACAGUUACAUUACAUAAUACCUCAUUUACAUAUUUAGACAUGAACACUUGUAAUAUAAACAGUGAUUGUGUUAAUGUGAGGAAUGAAGUGGGGAAGUUUCAUGAUAUAUGUGAGUUUAAUAUUCAGCUGUAGUGUCUCCACUCAACAGAAAUGUGAUUGAUUUUAAUGGAUCUUAAGACAAAACUCUUUGUCUAACACAAAUGUUGAUCAUGAAUUUAAACAUACUGUAACAAUAGUCCAAAUAUGAUUUUUUAUAAUGCUAUUUCUUCUGUAUUGUCACGAUUUACUAUUAAAGGUUCAUGCUGAGAUUAAA